GCUCCGGCCGGCCCCGCCCCGCCGCGCGCCGCCAGCUGCAGGUCAGGGCGAGCGAGCGGGUUCUCUCUUAACAUGGAAGAUGAGUUCUUUGGAGAAAAAAGCUUCCAACAUUAUUGUGCAGAGUUCAUCAGACAUUCACAACACAUAGGCGAUGGCUGGGAGUGGAGAACAGCCCAGGAAUGUUCUGAUGGCUACAUGUGCAAAACACAGUUUCAAAUAAAAAACGGGACUGCGACAUCACAUCUGGAAACAUCUGCCAGUGUACACACAUGUCUUCCCACAGAGGAGACGUUAGAGCUCCCGAUGGAUGAUGCUGAAGUGAUGGGGUCUGCAGCAGCGUCCGAAGUAAUUAAGUGCGAGUACCAUGUUUUAUACUCUUGUAGCUACCAAGUACCAGUUCUCUACUUUAGGGCAAGCUUUUUAGAUGGGACACCGCUAGCCUUGAAGGAUAUAUGGAAUAGAGUCCAUGAAUGCUACAAGACACGGCUGCUACAGGGACCAUGGGACACCAUCACCCAGCAGGAACAUCCAAUACUUGGGCAACCAUUUUUUGUUCUGCAUCCCUGCAAGACAAAUGAAUUCAUGACUGCCGUGCUAAAGAAUCCACAGAAAAUCAAUAGGAAUGUCAACUACAUCACGUCAUGGCUGAGCAUCGUGGGGCCAGUUGUUGGUCUGAAUCUACCUCUGAGCUAUGCUGAGGCAGCAUCGCAGGCUGAGUGAUUUGCUAGCAAGCGAGACCUUCUGUUGAUCCUAGAAACUGCAGCAGGAAAAGUGCCAAGAGCAUACCGGGGAAGCCUCAGUUUCCAUGGAAAUUGGACUGUAACAUCUCAUGUCACCAAAAUUUGAUGCAGAUUUCUCUCCUUAGCAAGAAACUGUCUGCAGGAACCUGUUUGGAAUAGUGGUUGUGUGGAAGGAACACAUCACAGAUUCAGAUCACAUAAAUAGCAAAAAUGAAUCAGGUUCAGUGGUGUUACCGUUGCUGACAUCAUCAAGGCUUGCACAGGUCAUCUUCUCUAGGCGCAGUUCUUUUUCUGUUGUGGAGAUUGAUGGAGAAAUGUAUUUAUAUGUUCGCUUUAAUAUAAGAUAUGUGAAAAUUAAAAUGUAGAACUUGCCCGUUUCUGAAAAUUAAUCUUAUAAACAUGACUCAUCUUAAAUUAUUGUCUCACAGUCAAACUCAGGAGCAAUGGAUUAUUUCUUCAUCAGUCCCCCAAAAGGUGCGCGUGUGUGUGUG